AUGUCUUACGCCAACGUCGCUAAAGAAAAUGCGCCACCUCAUUCACAGCAGCCAAAACCAGACCCCGCUCUCCUAAACACCGGUCUCCCCACAACAUCUGCCAUUGCAGACGACACUGCAAAGGUUAACAUCGUCCCUCCAAACUUUAAACGCGACCCGGUCACCGUCACUUCCGAGUCCGGACCAUAUAUCGACGAGUCGAGCUCCGAAGGCGACGAUAAAAAUAUCAACGGCAGCGAAAAGCGAAAGCGCCGCAGGGACAGACAACUCCGCAAUGCCGAAACGGAGGCUGCCGGAUUUUUUGCUGCUGCAAAGGAGCAGCUUCUUCGUCCUGGUGUUGCUGGUGGGUUGAUUGGCGUUGGUUAUGCAUCGUACGCAUUUUACGCGAAUCCAUCUUUGCGGCGUGAUACUCGCGCAAUAUCAAUGGGUGGAAUCUCGCUUCUCGCACUCUUUGGAUUGGAAGGGUACGCAGUGGAACGAUACGCACAAACACCGCGUGGUCGGAAAGAGCGCAAACGCGCGCGUGAAGAGGGUGCAGCUCUCUACCGCCAUUCGCGUGAAAUCGUCCUCCGUCCGGGAGUUCUGGGGGGACUCGUCGGCCUUGUCAAUGUUGGUAUCUUGGGUGGCGUAGGCUACGCUGCAUAUGUAAAUUGGGACGCACCCCGUUGGGAUAGGCGAGUCGUCAGUGCCGUCAGUGUUGGCCUACUUGGACUUUGGAGUGCAGAAGGUACAGUCGCGGAGAAGUAUCGCGAGUCGCAUAAAUGA